AUACAACCACAAUCUAUACACAUCAUGCUCAUCAUCAAGAAAUAUCCGAACCGGAUCCAAUGUUGGAAGCUGGCCUACCAUUACCAAGAGGAUUACAACGUGUCUUUCCACCGGAAUUAAUAGCCACACCGAUCGAAGAUAUUGAUCAUUAUUAUCAAAAUAAAUUGACAUUUACUGUGAUCAGCAAAAGUAAAGAUAUAUUUCGUUUUAGUGCAACAAAAUCAUUGUUUAUAUUAUCACCAUUCCAUCCUAUACGUCGUGUUGCCAUUUAUAUGCUUGUACAUCCUUUAUUCAGUUUUCUUGUCAUUGUAACAAUAUUGAUUAAUUGUAUAUUGAUGACAUUACCACCUGAAGAAUCGAUUGAACGCACCGAAAUAAUAUUCACAACAAUUUAUACAUUUGAAUCAUGUUUAAAAGUAGCUGCACGUGGUUUUAUAUUAUCACGAUUUACUUAUCUACGUGAUCCAUGGAAUUGGUUAGAUUUUGCUGUUAUAAUGUUAGCCUAUUUAACAAUGGGUGCAACCGAUCUUGGUAAUUUAAGUGCUGUUCGUACAUUCAGAGUAUUACGUGCAUUAAAAACUGUUGCUAUUAUACCGGGUAUGAAAACAAUUGUUGGUGCUGUUAUUGAAUCGGUUAAAAAUCUUAAAGAUGUUGUUAUAUUAUUAUGUUUUUCAUUAUCGGUAUUUGCAUUACUUGGUUUACAAGUUUAUAUGGGUGUAUUGACACAAAAAUGUAUACGUAAUAAUGAUAGAAAUCUUACCGAUAUUGAAUGGAAUUCAUGGUGUAGUAAUAGUACAAAUUGGUAUUAUAAAACACCUGAUUCACCUCCAUAUUUAUGUGGUAACAGUUCACAACAAUGUCCAGCCGAUUAUACUUGUUUACAAGGUUUUGGUGAUAAUCCAAAUUAUGGUUAUACAAAUUUUGAUACAUUUGGUUGGGCAUUAUUAGCAUCAUUUCGUUUAAUGACACAAGAUUCAUGGGAAACAUUAUAUCGUGCAAUUAUUCGUGUUACCGGUUUAUGGCAUGUUAGUUUUUUCUUUGUUGUCAUAUUUUUAGGUUCAUUUUAUUCUGUGAAUUUAAUUUUGGCUAUUGUUGCAAUGAGUUAUGAUGAAUUACAGAAAAAAGCUGAAGAAGAAGAAAUUGCAACAGCAGCUGAAGAAGCAGCUUAUGCUGAAGCAUGUCGUCUUGCGGAAGAAGAUCUAUAUGGAUCAGGUGGUGGUGGUCAUCAUGGUGGUGGUGGAAAUGGUCAACGACGUAGUCGUCGUAGUAGCCGUUUAUCAACAACAUAUAAUGUUGCAUCAGCUAUUGCAUCUGCAGCUAUUCGUCCAACAUCUUAUGGUAAUACAUUGGAUGUUGUACAACAACAACAACGACGACGAUCAUCAUUAAUACCAAUGGAUUUAUUAUCACAACAACAACAACAUCCAUCAUCAUUACAGGUGCCACAAGGUCCAUAUAAUAAUAAUAAUAAUAAUAAUAAUAAUGUAACAGCCAAUUAUCUGGGAUAUCCAUCAUCAACAAUAUCUACAACACAACCAAAUCAUCAGCCUAUAACAAUAACACAGGAAACCGAACUUAGAUCUCGUCAUCAUUCACAACAACAAGAUAAACAACCGUCCACAUCAUUACCUAGUCCGUCUUUUCGUGCUUCUUCUUUUUCAUCAUCAAGUUCAUCAUCAUCAUCAUCGAUAUCAUCAACAACAUUACCAUGUCAAAAUUUUGAUUGUGAAUGUAAAUUUAGAAAUAAUAAACGAAUCAAUAACCAACAGCAUCAUCAUCAUUAUCAUCAUCAACAACAACAACAACAACAAUUAACUGAUCAACAACAAACAACAACAAAACGAAGAAAAAAACCACCAGAUUCAUUGACAUUGAAUAAUGACAAAUCAUUAACAAUUCGUAAGACAAGUCUUUCGUUACCUGGAUCACCGUUUAAACAAAUUGAUCAAAAAUUAAAUAAUGAUAAUGAUGAUGAUGAUGAUGGUGAUUGUGAAUGUCAAGAUAAUUGUCAUAAAUGUUCAGAAAAUUUUCUUUGUAAACAAAAACAAUCAAAAACAUCAUCAUCGGCUGUACAUAAAUAUAUUGAUGGACAAAAAGAUUUACCAUUUGCCGAUGAUAGUGCAGCACAGACACCAUUGUCCGAUGAGAAUCUACCUCCAUUUCCCGAUAUUGAUGGAUUACCUUAUCAUCAUCAUCAUCAUUAUCAUCAUCAUCGACCAUCAAAAGCCUUAAGUUUAUCAAAUUUUGAUUAUGAAUCUAAUCAGCCAACGUUUUGUUCAACGAAUGGUGCCUUUACGAAUAAUAAUAAUGGUCAUAAUAAUAAUAAUAAUACAUUAAUGCAAAAUGUUGAAUCAACAUCUACACAUAAUUCAACAUAUACAUCACAUUCAUCACGUAUAUCCUAUACAUCACAUGGUGAUAUUUAUGGCCGUUUAGGUUUUGCUACAAAUUUACCACCAUUAUUGGCCAAAAAUUAUCAUUUACGUGCCAGACGUAUGUCAAAUGUGGAAAAAUUUUACAAUGAUGAAUGGGCCAAAAAUACGGCUAUUGUAUCGCCAAAUGUACAAAGUAAUUUGCCAAUGUUACAACCAUUUUUACCUGGUGUAAAUAAUUUUCUAAUCACAUCUAAUAAUAAUAAUGAUAAUGAUAAUAAUAUAAAGCCAAAUUCAGCCAACGUCAAUAUGAAAGACGUUAUGGUAUUGAACAAUAUAAUCGAACAAGCAUCUGUUAUGAGAAAUGAUCCACAUCAUCUUCAUCAUUAUCCAACGCAAUCAAAUGAAAGAGUUUCCAUAUACUACUUUCCUACAGAAAGUCAAUCAUAUCAUCAUCAUCAUCAUUAUGAUAUUGCUGAUAUUGAAAAUUAUCCGGGUGAUGAUCUAAUCGAUUCACAAUCCGAUUCAUCAUCACAUUAUUCAAGUGAUUAUGAAAAACCAAAAUUAAAAGAACGUAUUUCGAUUUGUUGUUUAAAAUUUAUGGAUAUAUUAUGUGUUUGUGAUUGUUUUUGGUGUUGGAUACGUGUACAGGAAUUGGUUGCAUCAGUUGUAUUUGAUCCAUUUAUGGAAUUAUUUAUUACAUUAUGUAUUGUUGUUAAUACAUUAUUUAUGGCAAUGGAUCAUCAUAAUAUGGAUAAAGAUUUAGAUGAUAUUUUACAAAAAGGAAAUUUUUUUUUUACAGCCAUAUUUGCUAUUGAAGCAUCAUUAAAAUUAAUAGCAUUAAGUCCAAAAUUUUAUUUUCGUGAAGGUUGGAAUAUAUUUGAUUUUGUAAUCGUUAUUCUAUCAUUAUUGGAUGUUAGUUUAUCAUCGGUUUCUGGUUUGUCCGUAUUACGAUCAUUUCGUUUGCUUCGUGUAUUCAAAUUGGCUAAAUCAUGGCCAACAUUAAAUCUAUUGAUAUCGAUUAUGGGUAAAACGGUUGGUGAUCUUGGUAAUCUAACAUUCGUAUUAGGUAUUAUUAUAUUUAUAUUUGCUGUGAUGGGUAUGCAAUUAUUUGGUAAAAAUUAUACCGAAGAUAAUUUUGGUGGAAAAGAAAUACCACGUUGGAAUUUUAAAGAUUUUAUGCAUUCAUUUAUGAUUGUAUUUCGUGUAUUAUGUGGUGAAUGGAUUGAAUCAAUGUGGGAUUGUAUGCGUGUUUCUGGUGCUGCAUGUGUACCAUUUUUUCUUGCCACUGUUAUUAUUGGUUAUUUGGUUGUGCUCAAUUUAUUUUUAGCUUUAUUGCUAUCAUCAUUUGGUGCAUCAAAUUUAUCGGCACCUACAUCCGAAAGUGCCGAUACAAAAAAACUUCAAGAAGCAUUUGAACGUUUUGCACGUGCAUUUAAAUGGAUCAGAUUGAAAAUUAUACAAUUAUUUAAGCUUUUAUUGCCAAAAACACGUAAUCAAAUUAGUGAUCAAACAUUUGAUCAUCAAAAAAAUGAUGAUAUGCUCAAUGAUUUAGAUAUGAUUACUGGUGAUGGUCAUCAUCAACCAAAUGAAAUGCUUUUUAUUGAUGGUCAAAAAUCAACAACAUUAGCCAAUAAUAUUGGUAAAAUGACACAUGCAGAUUUUGAAAUGGUAUUAUUACAUGAAUCAAAAAUUAAUGGCCGUACAACCGUAACAUCUACUGUAACAUCGACUACACCUUGCAAUAGUAUGAAUGUAAAUUCAAUGAUUGGUCAUAGUAAUAAUAACGCACAACAACAACAACAAUCACCACAAUCGCAACAAUUGCAAUCAAAAUUAAAUCAUCAAAAUGAUAAUAACCAACAACAAACAUUAAUACCAUCAUCAAAUCCGCUACAAUCAUCAUCAUUUGAUUCAAAAGCAAAUAGUAAUCUAAGUGAUAGUCAAUGUGAUAAUAUUGUUUCAUUUAUAACACCUGGACAUAAAUCAAUGAAUAAUAGUGUUAGUGAUGAUAAAUUAGAUACAGCAACAGCUGAUGUAAUUAUUAAUGAAUAUCCAUCGGAAUGUUUUCCCGAACCAAUGUAUAAAUAUUGUCCAUGGUGUUUAGAUGAAACACCAUUUUGGAUACGUUGGAAAGAUAUUCGUACACGUUGUUAUAAAUUUGUUGAACAUAGAUAUUUUGAAACACUUGUUAUUACAUUAAUUCUUAUUAGCAGUAUGGCAUUGGCACUGGAAGAUGUAAAUUUUAAAAAAGAUCCAUUAUUUAUGGAAUAUUUAGGAUAUUUGGAUAAAUUUUUUACAAUUAUUUUUAUUUGUGAAAUGUUAAUCAAAUGGCUUGCAUUUGGUUUUGCCGGUUAUUUUACAAAUGUUUGGUGUUGGUUAGAUUUUGUCAUCGUUAUGGUUUCAAUAUUCAAUAUAUUUGUCGGAAUUUUCGGUCUUGGAAAUGUACCGGCAUUUAAAACGAUGCGGACAUUAAGGGCAUUAAGACCUUUACGAGCACUUUCCAGGCUUGAAGGCAUGCGUGUUGUUGUCAAUGCAUUAAUACAGGCAAUACCAGCCAUUUUUAAUGUAUUAUUAGUUUGUCUAAUAUUUUGGCUUAUAUUUUCAAUAAUGGGUGUACAAUUAUUUCUUGGAAAAUUUUAUCAAUGUAUUGAUGCUGAAACAAAAAUAAAAUUAAAUGCAAGUUAUGUACCGAAUAAAGAAGCCUGUUUAGCACGUAAUCAUACUGUUUGGUAUAAUCCACCAAUCAAUUUUGAUCAUGUUCCAAAUGCUUAUCUUGCAUUAUUUCAAGUGGCCACAUUCAAAGGUUGGCUAGAUAUAAUGAACAAUGCAAUCGAUUCAAAACAAGAUCCAAAUGAACAACCAGAAAAAGAAGUGAAUCUUUAUAUGUAUCUUUAUUUUGUAUUUUUCAUAAUAUUUGGAUCAUUUUUUACGCUCAAUCUGUUUAUCGGAGUGAUUAUCGAUAAUUUUAAUGAACAAAAAAAGAAAGCCGGUGGUUCAUUGGAAAUGUUUAUGACUGAAGAUCAGAAAAAAUAUUAUAAUGCAAUGAAAAAAAUGGGUUCAAAAAAACCGAUGAAAGCAAUACCAAGACCAAGGUUUAAAUUACAAGCAAUUGUAUUCGAUAUAACAACGAAUAAAAAAUUCGAUAUGUUUAUUAUGUUAUUUAUUGCAUUGAAUAUGUUUGUUAUGGCAUUGGAUGAAUAUCGACAAAGUGAAUUAUUUUCAUUAAUAUUGGAACGAUUGAAUCUAUUUUUUAUAGCAAUAUUUACAGCUGAAUGUUUAUUGAAAAUAUUUGCAUUAAGAUGGCAUUAUUUUAAAGAACCAUGGAAUAUAUUUGAUUUUGUUGUUGUAAUAUUAUCAAUAUUGGGCGUAUUAUUACGUGAUAUAAUAACAAAAUAUUUUGUAUCACCAACAUUAUUACGUGUUGUACGUGUUGUUAAAGUUGGUCGUGUAUUACGUUUGGUUAAAGGUGCACGUGGUAUUCGUACAUUAUUGUUUGCAUUGGCAAUGUCAUUACCAGCAUUAUUCAAUAUUUGUUUAUUACUUUUUUUAGUAAUAUUCAUUUAUGCCAUAUUUGGAAUGUCAUUCUUUAUGAAUGUUAAACAACGUUAUGGAAUUGAUGAAACAUUUAAUUUUAGUACAUUUUUUCGUUCAUUUUUAUUAUUGUUUCAGAUGUCAACAUCGGCCGGUUGGGAUAAUGUUCUGGCUGCAAUUAUGGAUGAAAAUGAUUGUACACCAACCGGACCGGAUGGUGAAGGUGAUUGUGGUAAUCGUGGUAUUGCAAUAGCUUUUCUUGUUUCUUAUCUAAUCAUAUCAUCACUUAUUAUUAUUAACAUGUAUAUUGCUGUUAUAUUGGAAAAUUAUUCACAAGCAGCUGAAGAUGUACAUGAAGGUCUUACCGAUGAUGAUUAUGAUAUGUAUUAUGAAAUAUGGCAAAGAUUUGAUCCAAAAGGAACACAAUUUAUAUCAUAUUCACAAUUAUCAGAUUUUGUACAUGCACUUGAAGAACCAUUACAGAUACCUAAACCAAACAAAUUUAAAUUAAUAUCAAUGGAUAUACCAAUUUGUUUGGAUGAUAUGUGUUAUUGUGUUGAUAUAUUGGAUGCAUUGACAAAAGAUUUUUUUGCUCGUAAAGGUCAUGUAAUAGAAGAAACGGCUGAAUUAGCUGAAGUUGCACCAGUUAAAUUAGGUCAAUUUGAACAUAUUAGCAGUACAUUAUGGAGACAACGUGAAGAAUAUUGUGCAAGUGUUAUACAAAAAGUAUGGCGUGAAUAUCAUCAACGUAAACAGCAACAAAAAUUGAAUACAAUUACUGAAGAAUAAUUGAAACCAAAACAAAAAAAUCAUUAACAAUUUAUCAUUAUCAUCAACAACAACAAAAACACCACAAUAAUACUGAUAAUAUGCUUCAGCAGAAAAAAAAACAUU